AAAGGUAGGCUCUGCCUGUGGCCACUAGCAGAGAAGCUGCUGUCCUUCUGCCACCAGCACCGGACCACCUGCUCCAAGACCAGCCCCCUGGGAGGACCAGGUACCUGGUCUUCACUGGCACCCAGGGAGCCGUCCUCAGCAGCGUCAACAUGUCAAGGCCCAGCAGCAGAGCCAUUUACUUGCACCGGAAGGAGUACUCCCAGAACCUCACCUCAGAGCCCACCCUCCUGCAGCACAGGGUGGAGCACUUGAUGACAUGCAAGCUGGGGAGUCAGAGAGUCCAGGGGCCCAAGGAUGCCUUGCAGAAGCUGUUGGAGAUGGAUGCGCAGGGCCGGGUGUGGAGCCAAGACUUGAUCCUGCAGGUCAGGGACGGCUGGCUGCAGCUGCUGGACAUUGAGACCAAGGAGGAGCUGGACUCUUACCGCCUGAACAGCAUCCAGGCCAUGAAUGUGGCGCUCAAUACAUGUUCCUACAACUCCAUCCUGUCCAUCACCGUGCAGGAGCCAGGCCUGCCAGGCACCAGCGCUCUGCUCUUCCAGUGCCAGGAAGUGGGGGCAGAGCGACUGAGGACCAGCUUGCAGAAGGCUCUGGAGGAAGAGCUGGAGCAAAGACCCCAACUUGGAGACCUUCACCCAGGCCAGGACAGAUGGAGGGAGCCUCCUAUGGAAAGGCCACUCCCUCUGGAGCAGGCACUCUCUCUGGAGCGGGGGCUCCCUCCAGAACAGCCCCACCAGAGGACCCUAGAGCACAGCCUCCCGCCAUCCCCAAGGCCCCUGCCACACCACCCCAGUGCCCGAGAACCAAGUGUCUUUACUCCGCCUCCUCCAAGGCGGCCCUCUUCCCCCGAGGACCCAGAGAGGGACGAGGAAGUGCUGAACCAUGUCCUAAGGGACAUUGAGCUGUUCGUGGGAAAGCUGGAGAAGGUCCAGGCAAAGACCAGCAGGAAGAAGAAGAAAUUUGGGAAAAAAACCAAGGACCAGGGAGGUCUCACUCAGGCACAGUACAUUGACUGCUUCCAGAAAAUCAAGUACAGCUUCAACCUCCUGGGAAGGCUGGCCACCUGGCUGCAGGAGACAAGUGCCCCUGAGCUCGUGCACAUCCUCUUCAAAUCCCUGAACUUCAUCCUGGCCAAGUGCCCUGAGGCUGGCCUAGCAGCCCAAGUGAUCUCACCCCUCCUCACCCCUAAAGCCAUCAACCUGCUACAGUCCUGUCUAAGCCCACCUGAGAGUAACCUUUGGAUGGGGUUGGGCCUGGCCUGGACCACUAGCCGGGCCGACUGGACAGGCGAUGAGCCGCUGCCCUACCAACCCACAUUUUCGGAUGACUGGCAACUUCCAGAGCCCUCCAGCCAAGCACCCUUAGGAUACCAGGCCCCUGUUUCCCUUCGGAGGGGAAGUCAUAGGUUAGGGAGCACCUCACACUUUCCUCAGGAGAAGACACACAACGAUGACCCUCAGCCUGGGGACCCCAACUCCAGACCCUCCAGCCUCAAACCUGUCCAGUCAGCCCUGAAAAUGCAAGUCUUGUAUGAGUUUGAAGCUAGGAACCCACGGGAACUGACUGUGGUCCAGGGAGAAGAGCUGGAGGUUCUGGACCAUAGCAAGCGGUGGUGGCUGGUGAAGAACGAAGCAGGACAGAGCGGCUACAUUCCCAGCAACAUCCUGGAGCCCCUACAGUCGGGGACCUCUGGGACCCAGGACCGGUCACCCUCUCGGGUUCCAAUGCUUCGACUUAGCUCAAGGCCUGAAGAGGUCACAGCCUGGCUGCAGGCAGAGAACUUCUCCGUUGUCACGGUGAGGACACUUGGGUCCCUGACAGGGAGCCAGCUACUUCACAUGAGACCUGGGGAGCUACAGAUGCUAUGUCCACAGGAGGCCCCACGAAUCCUGUCCCGGCUGGAGGCUGUCAGAAGGAUGCUGGGGAUAAGCCCUUAGGCACCAGCUUAGACACCUCCAAGAACCAGGCCCUGCUGAUGCAAGAUGGCAGAUCUGAUACCCAUUAGAGCCCCGAGAAUUCCUCUUCUGGAUCCCAGUUUGCAGCAAACCCCACGCCCCAGCUCACACAGCAAAAACAAUGGACAGGCCCAGAGGCUGAAGCAAACAGUGCCAAUUCUGGCUGUGUUGGAGCCUCCCCAGUAACCACCAAUUUAUUUUAUCUCUUUCCCAAACCUGGAGCAUUUAUGCCUAGGCUUGUCAAGAAGCUGUUCAGUCCCUCUCCUUCUCAGUAAAAGCAUCUUCAAGCUUGUCAUGUGCCUCCCUCGCAGCUUCUUCUGGGCCUGAGGGAGACCAAAGGCAGGGAGGCAGGAAGGGCUGGAACACUUGGCAUGAAAACAGCAGCAAGCCUACAUCCAUCACUGAGCCAGAUUGAGUGGACAUUCACACAGCAACCUGGAGCUGGGAAUCAGAAUUUGAGAAUCACGGUCCAAGCUCUCCUGACUCUCUUUCCAAACAAACUCCAAAAUAAAGCUAUGCUCACCAUCUUUUUCGCACACGCG